UUCCCAGAAGCUAGUUACCACUAGCGUAGCGGUCACUGACAGACCCCGUUCUUCUAGCAUUUAGCGCUACGACCAAUCAGAAUGAGGCCGGACUUUAUAUCGGCAUUCUUAUUGGUCCAGGGCUUCCUCCGCUGAGUCAACCCUGGAGGAAAGAGAUAGCACAAGAACACCGCUGAAGUUCUGGACGCGUCGCUCCGGGAGUUCUUGUGUGCUGUUUGUGUCGCGUCGCUGUGAGUGCGCGGCCUGAAAUAAAUACGGGUCUUUGUGAAUUACAAUAUCGAGCGGUGACAAUGGUUUAUUAGCGGGUGACGAGAUAACUACGGCAGUGCUGCGUCAUUUCAGCCAGCGUAUGAAGUGAGUGAGUUGAAAAUCCACCAAGUCCCGACCUCAAAAUGAACCUUCCCGCCGUGCUUGGGGCAGUGACGCUGGCCUUCGCAACCUGUGCCGCCGCCAAUAAUCAGAGAUACCUCUUCGUCCCUCCCGUGGAACUCCUGAACCGGAUGACCGACGAGGAGAUCAGGGAGCUCAUCCGGAAGGAGCCGCCCGUCCCGCCCUUGGCCACGUCCACCUACCACCUCUCCGUCCUCGCUCAAGACGAAGCUCGAGCUGCGGUCAAACUGCGCGCGCUCGUGGAGGCCAUGUUCAGCGCGCACGAGGUCCUGAGCAGGUACUUGUCGUCUUGGGAGGAGCUCGUGGCCGCGGGCGUGGAGGCAGAGGGCUUCGCGAGCCAUCCCCUGCACGCCUACGCCCUCACCAAGCACGUGAGUCUGGGCUGGCCGCACGUGGAGGCCGCCUUGCAAGCAGUCUCCAAUCUUUCGCAGGAUACAGGUAAGAGUGGCUGUUGUCCCGGAGCGAGAAGCGCGGCGUUCCCACGGGCGAGGACCUGGCCACGGUCGCGGGCGGGAUGGCCAGGCUGCACGACUACUACAGCCUCAACCUCACCGCCCUCGCCCACCCGCCUCGUCUCAGCGAUCGACGCCCGCCCGGUGCCCUGCGGGAUCACGCCUUCAGCCCUCGACCUGCACCGCAUCGGCUCCGAAGCCGUGUCUCACAACGUCCUGAACUCCGGCGUGGACUUCCUGCGGGCCGCCCUGGACCGCUGGGACGGCAACGCCUCCUUCGUUAAGAGUUCGGACACCUUCGACCGCCACCGGAACCUCCGUCAGACUGACCUGAGGAAAGUCGAAAAGUUUCACGACCAAAUCCUCGAGAGGAAAGGGCCGCGAUCGACCUUCCACAGCACAUACGAGAGGCCCUUCAACAAGACGUUGGCCAGGAAGAAGAAAUACCACAAGAAGGACGAGGUUGUUCUGGGGGAACUCGGGAACUCCAUCCAGGGCCAGAAGCAGUACUACCGGCUGUGUCGCGGCGAGGACCUCAGGCCAGUUGACGUAACGUCCCGCCUGUACUGCCGCUACGUGACCAACGGCUCGCCGCUCUACAAGAUCGGGCCGCUGAGGAUGGAGGUGCAGUCGCUGGACCCGUACGUGGUGACGCUGGAGGAGGUGGUGACGCCCUCCGAGGCCGCCGACCUCGUCGACGCCAGCGCCCGUUACCUCAUGAGGUCUUCCACUAUCAGGGCGAACGGCGGCUCCGCCGAGAGCUUCAUGAGGACGAGUUCGACGGCCUGGAUGUUGGACAGCGACCUCCCCGUCCUCUCGGAGCUCACUCACCGGAUUGAACAAAUAGCCGGGGUAAACGCUCAGCAGAACCGCGGCGCAGAGAUGUACCAGGUUGUGAACUACGGUGUUGGCGGCCAUUAUACUGUACAUCACGACUAUAUUGAUAAAGGACUGAUUAAUAAUCGCAUUGCAACCUUCCUCGUCUAUCUUAAAGAUGUACCGCAAGGUGGCAGGACCGUCUUUCCCUGGGUCGGCACGGGUGUUCGUCCCAAGCGGGGUUCGGCGCUUCUCUGGUACAACAUGAAUCGUGUGGGAAUGCCUGACUCAAGGCUUCAGCACGGCGCUUGUCCCGUCUUACUGGGUGACAAGUGGGUGAUCAACAAGUGGAUUUUCUACGGAGGCCAACUCCACACGCUUCCCUGCGGCCCUGAGAAGAAGGGUGACACCAUAAGGCAACCCCAGGCUUGAGUGCGAGUCUCCCACCACAUCUUGGCCUAGGGUCACCAUAUGCGUAUAGAGAUAUGUUAACCAAUAAAUAUGAAAAUACAUAUGUACAUUACCUCUCUCUCUCUCUCUCUCUC